CUUUGUUAUAUGCAGAGCGUGGCAAACUUACAAAGGCAGAAACUACCUUCGCCAAGAAGAAAACAGAGCACAAAAAAAUCUCUUUGUCUUCCCUUUCUCUAUAGAUAUUUUCUGAUUCUCAUUCGAUUCUUCUUCGAAUCCUCAGUCCUGCUCAAUGUUCAUAGCUUUGAGUUCUUCCUUACGAGCAUAGCAAGUUUUCCCCUGUUUUUGCUCUUAUCAUAGGAAUUUCCUCUCUCCUUGUUCUUCGUUCUUUUGAUUUUGGACCUGGCAUUUGACUUGGAUUCUUAAUUUGAUCCAAUCCCAGAAAACCCUGUAAGAAUCUUGGAGAAUUUCGGACAUGAAUUCGUCUUUUCUGGUAAAAGAAGAGUACCCAGGUCGGAGCUCUGCCCAGUCCGAGGAUGACCUAUCAUCAUCGAUUAUGCUGCCGCCACAACCCAUGGAAGGUCUCCACGAAACAGGGCCACCUCCAUUCUUGACCAAGACGUUCGACAUGGUGGAGGAUCCUGGUACCAACCACAUAGUUUCAUGGAGCAGGGGCGGUACCAGCUUCGUCGUCUGGGAUCCUCAUUCUUUCUCCAUCAAUCUCCUCCCUCGGUUCUUCAAGCACAACAACUUCUCCAGCUUCGUUCGACAGCUCAAUACAUAUGGGUUUAGGAAGAUUGAUUCAGACAACUGGGAGUUUGCUAAUGAAAGGUUUCUCAUGGGGCAGAGGCAGCUUUUGAAGAACAUAAAAAGAAGAAAGGCUCCAUCUCAACUUCUUCCCGUGGAGGAGAUAGGACCUUGUGUUGAAGUUGGCAAGAUUGGAUUAGAUGGAGAAGUCGAUCGUUUGCAGCGGGAUAAGCAGGUUCUGAUGAUGGAAUUGCUGAGGUUAAGACAGCAGCAGCAGAAAACCAGAGCUUAUCUUCAAGCCAUGGAGGAAAGGCUGCAAGGAACAGAAAGGAAGCAGAAGCAAAUGAUGUCUUUCUUGGCUAGAGCAAUGCAGAAUCCGGCGUUUCUGCAGCAGCUGGUGCAGCAGAAGGAGAAGAAGAAGAAGAAGGAGCUUGAGGAAGCAAUUGCAAAGAAGAGGAGGAGGCCUAUUGGUCAAGGAGCAGGUGGUGUAGUUGUCGGGGGUGAGUCAAGCCAAAAUGGUCAGGCUAGGAACCAAGGAAAGGUAGAACCUCUAGAAUUUGGUGAAUAUGGAUACGAAGUAUCAGAGUUGGAGGUGCUUGCACAGGAAAUGCAAGGCUAUGGAAGGACAAGGAGAGAGCAAGAAGGGUCAUCAGAGAGCCAUGACAAGGAACUUGAUGAGGGAUUUUGGGAGGAAUUAUUGAAUGAGAGGUUUGAAGGGGAGUUGGAUAUACCAGCAUCGGAUGAAGGUGAAGAUGAAGAUGUAGAUAUAUUGACAAAUCGGUUGGGUUACUUGGCUUCUAAUAGUCCAAAGUAAAGAAAGUGAAUCCCCAACUUCACUCCUGCUAUAUGCAUUUGUUCAUUUUGCUUCACUGACCAUGCAUUUCUCUUUGGGGGAGGAGACUUUAAUUUGCGUGAGGGGAAGCAGUGUAUUUAUCCACGAAUUUUCCUGGUGUCUCUAACCUUGUUUUUCUCCAUUCAAUUGUUGAUUAUGUUUCUCUUAAUCCUUCUAUCUUUUGGUUAGGUUGCAGCACUAGUAGAUCCAAAUUAAGGUAGUCACCCCAGCGUCAUGAUGUCUCAAGAUGAGUGUAGAUUGUUCUGAAGCAGUUGAAAUGUGGACAAAAGAUGUUGCUGCAAGUUUCCAGAACAACUUCCAACAAUGGCAUGGUAGAUAACCUUAUUGGUUUUGUUUGACAAUUUACACUGAUUUUUUUCACAAAGCACUUUAUUUAAAAAUAUUAAUUUUUAAUAUAUUUUUAUUAAUUUU